UGCCGCUACUACCGGCGGCCUGCUCGUCCUCCGCAUGGUGGGGGCUGAGCUUUAGAGUUCAGAUGCUGCUGACUCCAUUGUGGCCUGGGAUCCAGCUGCCGCUCCUGGUCCUGGUCCAAGUUCGAUUUAAAACAAAAAAACAGGCAGAAGAAAAAUCGGUUCUCUUUGUUCUUGCAUGCUGCGAUGGGAGUCAGCAGAAGUUAAAGAUGUAGGGCUGCCGAGCCCGGUUGGAACUGGACUGUGCUGCCUUUCUUUCCUGAGCUGGAGAAAAUCCCAGAUGCUGUCUAUGUGAAGACCAGCUGCUUCUGAAGAGAAUGGCCCAAGCAAAGUCAGCUCAGAUCCAGCAGGAUCUCCAGGACCCUGACGAAGGAAGCCUCUACAGAGAAGUCAUGCAAGAGAGCUACAACACCAUCUUCAUGGCCUCUCCUCUUCAGCUCCAAGCAUCUGAACUUCUUGCCCAUCUGGAACGAGGGCAAAAGACCUGGACCCCAGAUUUCCAGAGCUCUUGCAGGGAUGCUGAUGAAGGGCUGGUAAAACAAGCGCUGAAAAAAUGGCCGCAGACAGCAACCUUGUGGAAUUCCUACCGGAGCCCCACAAGCGUGCCUAGUUCAGAUUCAUCUAGUUCAGCAGAUUAUGAAUCAACAAGUGAGAAAGAAGAGGAAGGAAAUACUAAGCGAGUUCCAGGUCCCAGAGUCACAAAGCCACGUGCAUCUCUGUUGGGGAAAUGGGGUGAUGGUGACGUAAAGGAAGAAGCUGACCAAAAUGAUGAAGACCUUGUUGGUAAUGGAAAGGGCCAGCGAGAAAUCAAUGCAGGAGUGAGAGAGAAUGUAUGCUUUGAGUGUGGGAAAAGCUUUAGUAGGAGAUCAACCCUCAAUAGACAUCUAAAAAUCCACAGUGGUGAGAGAUCUCAUAAAUGUUCUACCUGUGGCAAGUGUUUCCUCGAGAAAUCAAACCUCGUUAAACAUACACAGAUACAUAAGAAAAAGUCUAAUUUGAGAAGGGAAUCCUAUGAAUGUCCUGAGUGUGGGGAAGGCUUCUUUACGAAAGCGUCUCUUACUGAGCAUCGGAAAAUGCACACCAGUGAAACAACGUAUCCAUGCCCUGGCUGUGGAAAAAGCUAUAUGGCAGAGAGAUACCUUGUUAGGCAUAUGAUGAUGGUCCACUCAGGCAUGACUCUUUGUAAAUGCACUGCCUGUGGAAAAGGGUUUAUGAAACAGAAAGAUCUCAUUAGGCAUCAAAUGACAAUCCACACAAAGGACAAUUUCUUUCAGUGUCCUGACUGCGGGAAAAGUUACAGGGAGAAAUCAUCUCUAAUCAAACAUCAGAAACUCCACACGAGGGAACUUUCUUGCAAAUGCCCAGAAUGCAAGAAAAGUUUUAGAGACAACAAAAGUCUUGCCAAUCAUUGGAGAAUGCACGAAAAAGAGAACCCUCAUAAAUACUUUAAUGAUAAAAUGCACCUUGUGAACAGGCCAUCCCUCACUACAUAUAAGGAAAGUGAUGCAGAAGAAUAUGUCCAUACAUGUCCUGAUUGUGGGAAAUGUUUCAAGGAUAAGAGAUGUUUUGCUAAUCAUCAGAGAGUCCACACAAGAGAGCAACAAUAUAAACAGACAAGCGAGGGGGACAUCUUCAAAGAAAAAGCACUGCUCUCUAAAAAUCAGAUAAUCCAAGUAGAUUUGAAGCCCAAUACAUGCUUUGACUGUGGAAAACCCCUAUGUACUAAUUCAGCGCUGACUGUACAGCCAAAGACUGAAAUGGAAGAAAAUCUCUAUAAGUGCCCUGAUUGUGAGAAAAUCUUCAGGGACCGCCAAUGUUUUGCUAAUCAUCAGAGAAAAGAACAUCAGGAAGUCUUUGAGGCUGACCAGUGGGAAACGCACCUGAAAGGAGGACCCUAUAGAUGCUCAAGCUGUGGGAAAAUCUACACAACCCACUAUAAUCUUAGGAGACAUCAACAAAUCCACCCAGAAUGCAGAACCCAAAAAAGUUCAAAUCGUGGGAAAAGUUUUGCCUACAGUUGGUCCUUCACUGAGCAUCAGAAAGCCCAUGUCAAAGAAGAAUACCAUCCGCACAAAUGCUCUUAUUGUGGGAAAGUGUUCAGAGUGAAAAGUGUCCUCUAUAGACACCUGCAAAUCCACAUAAAAGGCAAGCCCUACAAAUGUACCACUUGUGGGAAGGCCUUUGCAUACAGAUAUACUCUUGCUCAUCAUCAGGAAGUCCACGAGUUAGAACAACCCUACCCACAUAAAUGCUCUUUCUGUGGAAAGGCAUUCAGAACUCCAACAUCCCUCCGCAGACAUCUGCAACUACACAUGGGAGAAAAACGCUAUAAAUGCAGCACCUGUGGGAAAGCCUUUGCCUACAGAUAUGCCCUCACUCAUCAUCAGGAAAUACACCUUGAAGGACAGCUCCAUAAAUGCUCUUUCUGUUGGAAAACCUUCCAAACCAAUUAUUCUCUCAGUAGACACAAGCGCAUCCACAUGGAAACGAGAUCCUAUCAGUGCUCAGUCUGUCAGAAAGUCUUUGGAACAAAAUAUUCCCUCCUUAGGCAUGAGGACAUGCAUGUAAAUGGCAGAUCAGAUAAUUUGACUAUUGGUGGGAAAGAUCUUGUUGAUGGCCCAAGCAUGGCUAAAGGUCAGGCUAGUGCUAUAGAAGACAAUUCUAAUAACUGGCCUGACAAGUCAACCUUCUCUAGGCAUUGGGAAGACCAUGAGGAAGAGAAAAGCUCCGAGUGUGUGGCCAGCCUUGCUUGUACUAAACACCAGAGCACCCUCUUAGAAGAAAAUUCUGCUAAAGGGUUGGAAUGUGAGAAAACAUUCAGGGACGACUUGGUGCCUCUCAAAGAUCCAGCUAGUCAUGCAAAUGAAGAUGUUAAUAAAUGGUGUGAAAAUUCAGUCUACUCAAGACAUCGGAGAGUUGAAGUUGAAAAAAAUCCCCCUGAGGCCUGUAGAAGUAUGGACAGCUCAGACCUCACUGCACAGGCUCAUUAUAUUAAAGGGUUAGAUGGUGACACAAUCUUCAGGGAUGGCUCUGUGCUUGCUAAAGAUCAAACUAGCCAUGCAGAAGGAAAUUUCAACCAAUGGGCUGACAGUUUAACCAAUUCUGGAUGUCAAGAAGCCCCUAUAGAAGAAAAUCCUCCAGAGAGUUCUGAGAAUGGGGGAUCAUUCAUGGGUAGCUUACUACUUGCUGAAGAUCAGAGCACCCACUUAGAAGAAAAUCCCAUUAAAGGGUUAGAUGGUAAGAAAUCUGUCGAGGACAGCUCAACCCACUCUAGUCAUCCGGGAGUAGUCAUGGGCAAAAAAAGGCAUGGAUGCUCUAACUGUGGGAAAUGCUGCAGAGAUGAAAAUUCCCUCAUUAGACAUGAGAGAACCCACACCCCAGAGAGAUCAUAUCAGUGCCAAACCUGUGAGAAAAGCUUCAGCAAAUCCAAAAAGCUUGCAAGGCAUCAGUUAACUCAUACAGACCGUAGGCCUUAUCCAUGUCCUGAAUGUGGGAAAUGCUUCAAGGCAAAAGCAUCCAUUGAUAAACAUCUGAAGACCCACAAAGGAGAGAAGCCUUAUUGCUGUUCUUACUGUGGCAAGAGAGUCACAACAAGCUCAAUUCUUCAUUCUCACCUGAGGAUUCACACAGGAGAGAGACCGUAUAAAUGUACAGAAUGCGAUAAAGGUUAUACGACAAAGUCAUCCCUCAAAAAACAUUUGGAGACCCAUUUAAGAAUGAAUUCCACUGAGCCUGGCCCUGCAGAUCAGCCAGAUCAGGUUUUGUAGUAAGUUUUCCCAUGACAUAAUGAAAUGGGACAAUCCUCAAUGCAGUCUGCUGCUGUAAGACUCUUACCUAGGAUUCUUUGUGCUGAAUCAACCCUGCAUCUUCAGAUGGCCCAGCAUCUCUAUAUUAAGCAAUGGUCAUAAUCUACCUCAUAAACAGAUACUUGAACAAUU